AUGCCACGAAGGACGGCCCGAGCUCAACGACGUCGAUCAAAACGUCCAAGUGCAUUUGCAUCAAAUCAGAUUGAUGUCGAGAAAGUGGAGCGAAAGCAAUUUGAUUAUCGUGAUUCGUGCUUCAAGGGGCCGUUUCUUGUUCACCUCUGCGACUUGGACUUUGGGCAAAGCAAAAAUCGACUAAUUGAAGACGGAAACAAUGUUGCACGACUCACCCAGAUCCUAAGUAUCCAGGGGUGCUUACGUUUGAGUAGGGAGUUUCAUGUUCCAGUGGUGGUAGAUGCUGCAGACUGGCUUACCAAGGUCAAUUCGCGAGAGCCAACAUUGGUACGUGGCCUGCGUAUGGACCAACUCGAGGUUAGAUCGGAUUAUACUCUACCAGCCCUAGACCAUGAGAAUGUUAUUAUCGCAGCUCGCGAAAUGUUCAAAGAGCUCCAAAUCGAGGAUCCCUGGUGGGUAGCAGAUGUCUACAUCACAGGAGCGAGUAAUGACCUGGAUCUUCGUGGCGAACUAGUGCGAAGCCUGCAAGAGAGCUUCCCAAACGACCAGCGCCCUUCAGACGGACGAAUAUACUGGAAUAUUCGCUAUUAUCAAGGUAGCUCCACAGAUCUCCGCAAUGAGACUGCAGAAAGUUAUUGGUGGGCUCUUUUAGAGUCCGAGCCUGGAAGUAGAAAGGGAGAUUAUUUGCGCACUCUCCCAGAGAGCUUGCAAACAGCCUUUGAUACUCUCCUUCCGAUACCGGGUAUAUGGGCCGGUAUGAGCAUUGGAGUUUUGCAUAAAUUGAAAGCUAUGAAAAGCGACGAGGUUCAGCCAAUUAUCUGCUAUUUGGAACAUAUUCGAAGGACUUUCCUGAGGCUGGUAGAUGGCGACGAACACCUUUUGAGCCUUAUUGACGCUGGUUCUGUGAAAUUUCUAAAAUCCAAAGUGCCAAGAAUCUCAUCGCAAGACUUAUCUGAUCUGGAAAGUAAGAACGAGAACAAGAUACUGUUUCCUUUCAUGGAAGACUACCAGCGAAAUAUGAUAUGGGAAAACUUGAAAGACAUUGACUUCCCCAUCCCAACACUUGAGACCUUCUUUCAAGAUAUCCUGUAUCUGGAUGUUGGGCAAUGCGUUAUGCGACAGCUCUGUUUUGUACCACCCAAGGGAGAUAAUACCAUUGACAAGGUCCUGAGAAGUCAAUGCAGUGGGUUCACUUCCGGUUUGUUAUCUAGAUCCUACUGGGAGCAAACCGUCCAAAACGAGCAGCUCCAGGAUCUUUGGCGAUUCAGUUUUCAGUAUGCGUUUGAAUUAACCCCCAAGAGGGACCACUACCGUCGCGUUCCACGAAAGAACAAGGACAAGGAACGUGCCUUUUCUAUAAGUGCUAAUGAAGAAUUAAAUGGCAUUCCAUCAUUGCUCCUUCUACGUCAUUUCCUUCUGCUAGCUCGAGGUUACAAUUUUGAAGUUCCCAUAAGCGAAGGGGAUCGAUUGAGCGAAGCUAGGGAGCUUCCUCGCCCACAUCCAUGCGACUUUCCGCUGAACAACAACGAUGAGGUAGAGAUUGAGCGACGGUCUGGGAAACCAUUCACAGACUCUGUGCAUGCUGACAGGUUUGCCCUUUCCAGAGAAUUUCUGAGACAAAAUUGGAAUUUCCAGCGGGUCAGCGCAGGCUUUGUGCGUCGGUCGAUAUUUCAAGCAUUCUUUUCAUACCUUAACGCUGGCGUUCCCGAAAUCCCACAUUAG